CACCAUGGAGGUCUGGAAUAUGAGGCUUUCCUCACCACCUCGGAAGGCACGCAUAUGGUUUGCUCUGAGCCUGACCUUCUGUGCUGGCAGAAGUCUCUUCAGUUGGACUUGGAAACUGCAGUUGUGAGAGAGUUCAGUGCAUUGCUUCUCCUGAGAGCGCCUCAUCCUGGAUUGAAAAAUGGAGAGCAGCAUGUUUUGCCUACUGAAACUCAUCCUGAUACCAGUGUUACUGGAUUAUCCCUUCAGCCCGAAUGACUUGAUUGUUUCCUCCCUUGAGCUAACAGUCCACGAGGGUGAUUCAGCCCUGAUGGGAUGUGUUUUCCAGAGCACAGAAGAGAAACGUGUGACCAAGGUAGACUGGAUGGUCUCAUCAGGAAAGCCCGCCAAGGAGGAUUAUGUGCUAUACUAUUAUGCCAACCUCAGCGUGCCUGUGGGGCGCUUCCAGAAUCGUGCGAGCUUGGUGGGAGACAUCUUACGCAAUGAUGGUUCUCUCCUGCUCCAAAAUGUGGAAGAGGCUGACCAGGGAACCUACACCUGUGAAAUCCGCCUUGAAAAGGAGAGCCUGGUGUUCAAAAAAGGAGUGGUGCUGCAUGUACUACCAGAGGAGCCCAAAGAGCUCACGGUCCAUGUGGGUGAUUCAACUCGGAUGGGAUGUGUUUUCCAGAGCACAGAAGAGAAACGCAUGACCAAAGUAGACUGGACGUUCUCAUCAGAAGAGCAUGCCAAGGAGGAGAUUGUGCUGCGCUAUCACCCCAAACUCAGCAUACCUCUGGGGUACCCCCAGAACUGGGGCCGCUUCCAGAACCGUGUAAACCUGGUGGGGGACACUUCUCGCAAUGAUGGCUCCAUUCUGCUCCAAGGAGUGAAGGAGUCUGACAGAGGAAGAUACACCUGCAGCAUCCACCUGGGAAACCUGACCUUCAGGAAAACCAUUGUGCUGCACGUGAUCCCCAAAGAGCCCCAAAGGUUGGUGACCCCAGUAACCGUCAGACCUGAGAUCCUGGGUGGUAAUCACCUGGUGAUCAUCGUGGGGAUUGUCUGCACCACUAUCCUGCUGCUUCCUGUUCUGAUAUUGAUCGUGAAGAAGACUCACAGGAAUAAGAGUUCCGACACUUCCACAGCCCUGGUAAAAAGCCUGGAGAACACAAAGAAGGCCCUUCCAGAGAAACACAUUUACUCCUCAAUAUCUACACGAGAGGUGAUCGAGGAAGAAGAACCAAGUGGAAAAUCAGAGGCCACCUACAUGACCAUGCACCCAGUUCGGCCUUCUCUGAGGUUAGUGCCAAAUAACCCACUUGAAAAAAAUUCAGCUGGGGGCAUGCCAACAACAGAGCAAGCUGUUUGAGAAGAAAGGAGAGCUCCUUCAUCCUUUGCGGUAGCAGACACCCUGUGUGUCCCGGGUCCCUGUACCAGUUAUUGCAGACCCCUCGGCCUCCCAGUUGUCUGCCUGCCCCAUUGCUUGGUCAAAGGGCUGAAGAUGAAGGGUUCGGAGCCUGGUAGCAAGAUGGGACAGCUCUGCUUGGGGGUGGGGAGCAUGGACUUGGUCCCUCUGGAGUGGGACACUGGCCCUGGGCACCCGGGCUGAGCUGCCGCAGUGGCCUCAAACACUCCAUUGGAUCAGACCCUUCCAUUGCACAGUGUUCUUUGUGGACAAGUUACUGGGAAGAAUCAGAAAUAAAAACCAACCCAAAUGAUUCCUUUGGCAAAUUGUCCCUAAAUAAAUGUGGUUUGUGGAAAUCA